GUUUAAUCCUUGUAGGUAUUGCAAGCAGUUUCAUAUGACUCCGCAGAGAAAAGGUUUCUACAAGUACCUCUCUGAAGAAGUAUUUCGACUAGAGAUUAAAAAAAUACAAAUGUCAACUAUAAAUGUUCGUGUUACGACCAUGGACGCUGAGCUGGAGUUUGCCAUCCUGCCCAGCACAACUGGCAAACAGCUUUUUGACCAGAUAGUGAAGACAAUCGGACUGAGGGAAACCUGGUUCUUUGGCCUCCAGUAUCAGGACAGCAAAGGCUUCUCCACCUGGCUCAAGCUCAACAAGAGGGUGACAGCCCAGGAUGUGAAAAGGGACAACCCUUUGUUGAUUAAGUUCAGGGCCAAGUUUUACCCUGAGGAUGUCGCUGAUGAACUGAUCCAAGAGGCAACGCAGCGCCUCUUCUUUCUGCAGGUAAAAGAGGGCAUCCUAAAUGAUGACAUUUACUGUCCACCUGAGACUGCAGUGCUCUUGGCCUCAUAUGCAGUUCAGGUCAAACAUGGAGACUACAGGAAAGACUAUCACGUACCGGGAUACCUGACAAGAGAGAAGCUGCUGCCACAGAGGGUUUUGGAGCAGCACAAGCUGAAUAAGAAUCAGUGGGAGGAAAGAAUCCAAGUGUGGCAUCAAGAGCACAAGGGACUGCUGAGAGAAGACGCCAUGGUGGAGUACCUGAAGAUAGCCCAGGAUUUAGAGAUGUAUGGGGUCAACUACUUCAGCAUCAAGAACAAGAAAGGAUCAGAGCUGUGGUUGGGAGUGGACGCCCUGGGUCUCAAUAUCUACGACAAAAAGGACAAGAUGACCCCAAAGAUUGGCUUCCCCUGGAGUGAGAUCAGAAACAUUUCCUUCAAUGACAAGAAGUUCGUCAUCAAGCCAAUCGACAAGAAGGCUCCGGACUUUGUUUUCUAUGUACCUCGCCUUCGCAUCAACAAACGUAUCCUUGCAUUGUGUAUGGGAAAUCAUGACCUGUACAUGCGCCGACGUAAACCUGACACCAUUGAGGUGCAGCAGAUGAAGGCUCAGGCCAGAGAGGAGAAGAACAAGAGGCAGAUGGAAAGGGCUCUGCUUGAGAGUGAGAAAAAAAAGCGAGAAAAUGCUGAGAAGGAAACAGAGAAGAUUGCCCGUGAGACCAUGGAGCUGAUGGAGAGAUUGAGACAGAUUGAAGAGCAGACAAAGAGAGCUCAAGAUGAGCUGGAGGAGCAGACUCGGAGGGCUCUUGAGCUGGAAAAAGAGAGGACAAUUGCUCAGGAGGAGGCGGAGCGCCUGGACAAGGAUCGCAGAGCUGCAGUGGAAGCGAAGGCAGCCCUGCUCCAUCAAUCUGAAACCCAGAUCAAGAACCAGGAAAGCUUGGCCACUGAGCUGGCAGAGCUUACCUCUAAGAUCUCCCAGCUAGAAGAUGCCAAGAAGAAAAAGGACGAGGAGGCAAAGAGGUGGCAGAAAAGGGCGAUGAUGGUGGAGGCUGAUUUGGAGCGAACCAAAGACGAGCUGAAGACUAAACUCAUGGGUGUCCACAUUCAGGAUUCAGUCCACCCCCACAUGCAUGAGCAUGACGAGACGGAUGAGAGCAGUGCAGAGGCGAGUGCUGAGCUGACUUCUCCAGGCAUGGUCCGAGAUCGCAGCGAGGAGGAAAGAGUAACAGAGGCCCAGAAGAACCAGAGACUGCAGAAAAACCUCAAGUUCCUGAGCUCCGAGCUGGCUGGAGCCGUAGAUGAGAGCAAAAAGACCCCAAAUGACCUGAUCCAUGCUGAGAAUGUGAAGGCGGGCCGGGACAAAUACAAGACCCUACGUCAGAUUCGUCAGGGCAACACCAAACAACGCAUUGAUGAAUUUGAGUCUAUGUGAGAAAGUCUACUCAGACUGAAAGCAGGACCAGGAUAGAUGAUGAAUUGGACACAUUGACAAAUUUUAGAAGUGUAGGUGCAGACAGUUGCAUAGAUAGUAAAUUAACCUGAAGGUGAAUAUGACAUAAAAUGAUAUUGAUACUGUGCUUUGAUGCCUUUAAUGUCCAUGAUUUUAAUACUAUUUCAUUGGUAAGUACGUCAACAAGAAGAUGACAACUCUCCUUGAACAUAAAUUUUUAAUUUCAAAGGAACAAAAACACAUUACUAGUUUAGUUCAGUGUUGCAAAUAUAUGAGGCUAACAUAUCAGCGCUCUCAUUUACGAGAAGGUUUGCUAUUGUCCUUGUCAAUCUUAUUACACACAUUUGUUAUUUCAAUUUGACAACUAAUGAAAACCUUAUUAAUACUGAUUAAUGAAAACAAUGACACUUAAGGCACUUGUUACUCCAAAUAAAUGUUAAAUUCUCUAUACUUUAUUGCAGAAAUAAAAUACACAGAAACACUAUCAAUGUGUUGUGUGUGCAUCAUCAGUUCCUAUAAUCAUGUGUAAGCAUCACCUCCUGCUUGCCGAAUGUGGCAAACUGUGCAGCAUAAAAGCAGGUGAGCUGUAAUAAAGAAUAAUUAUCACCUACAAAUAGAAGUUUUACCUAUAAGAUAUAAAUAAACUGAAAAUAAAUGCAUUGGCACUGAUUAUUUAGAUAUAUUCCCCAGUUGCUCCAUUUCAGCCACUGCACCUCUGCCACCUCACUGACUCAGCUGCAGAAACAAUGCA